AUGGGAAAAAGCAUCAAGAAGUCGACUCGAAAAUUCGAGAGAAAUCAGCUAAAAGAUACAAUUGAGAGACGGAAGGCUGGCGCAAAAAUCAAACAGCGACAACAGGUAAAGGCUAAACGGAAGGCUAGGAAUGCUGAGCAGGAUCCCAGCCAGUGCUCAGCAAGCGAUGUUCCUGCCUCCACUCAGAAUGAUUCCACUACUGCAAUGGAUGUUGAUGAGUUCUUUCAAGGUGGUUUCCAGAUUCCCGAAAAAUUAACGAAAAAAACCUCUAAAAAGACUGAAAAGCAGCUUGGCAAACGAAAACGCCUUGAUCCAGAGCAGAAAAAGGAAAUACUAUCUGAAGAUUCCUGUGAGGAGUCACAAUUCCUUGACGUGGAAGAGGGUGAUGAUUCUAGUGAAGAAGAGGAAAUUGGAAUGAACAAAAAUGCCAUGGAAAGUCUCGCAGAGAAGGACCCUGAAUUCUACAAAUAUCUCAAGGAAAACGACCCUGAGACGUUGGAUUUCGACGAAAAUGCAGACUUGGCCGAGGUCGAUGAGUUGAGUGCGGGCGAAGAAGAAGAGCAGCCGAAGAAAAAACGUAAAAAGUCAAAGUUACCUGAAGAUAACGAGGAAGAAGUCGGCGAAGAUUUAGUAGACUCUUCUGAAGUUACAUUGGCGAUGGUAUCGAAAUGGACAAAAGCUAUGACCCAACAAAACUCUCUACGUGCUAUGCGACAGGUUGUAUUGGCAUUUCGGGCUGCAGUUCACAUCAACGAGGAGGACGCGAACAUCUACAAGUAUUCGAUUUCAAGCCCUGAAGUUUACCAUGAGCUACUUCUUACGGCCCUCAAAAAUAUCCCCUCCGUCCUUCAGCAUCAUAUACCGGUGAAAGAAUCUUCUGGAAAAGUCAGGGUUUCAACUGAUGGCAAGAAAUUUAAAACCUUAACUCCACUCUUAAAAUCUCAUACAUCAUCCGUAAAUCACCUGCUCACAACUCUCUCGGAUGCUUCGACUCUUCAAACAACCCUCUCUUCCACUAUUCUACUCUUACCAUACCUCCUUUCAUUUAAAAAGCUUCUCAAAAAUAUAGUUAGAACCGUAGUCGAUAUUUGGUCUGAAGCCUCUAGUUCCGAGACAUCUAGGAUAACCGCCUUUCUGGUAAUCCGUCGACUAGCAGUUAUUGGCGAUCCAGGAUUACGGGAAGCUGUCCUGAAGACAGUCUACCAAGGGCUUAUCAAGGGAAGUCGUAUCACUACCCUACACACCAUUCAAGCGAUCAAUUUAAUGAAGAAUUCUGCUGCAGAAUUAUGGGGCCUGGAUCCAUCUGUAGGUUAUGCCACUGGUUUCUUGUUCAUCCGGCAACUGGCCAUUCACCUACGAAAUAGCAUCACUAAAAACCAAAAAGAGUCAUUCAAGACUGUCUAUAAUUGGCAAUAUAUUCACUCUCUAGAUUUCUGGUCUUGUGUACUUUCUGAACACUGUUCACCUAUAAAGGAAGCAGUGGCCGGUAAAGCGUCGGACCUAAGACCCCUAAUAUACCCUGCCGUCCAAGUCACGCUAGGUGCUCUCCGCUUGAUUCCCACAGCGACGUACUUUCCGCUCCGAUUUCAUUUAACUCGAUCCUUACUCCGCCUCUCCCGAGCAACCGGAACCUACAUCCCUCUUGCUUCUCCUAUCCUCGAAGUCCUCAACUCUAAUGAAAUGAAAAAGCCUGCCAAGCCUUCAACCCUCAAAUCAUUUGAUUUUGCCUACAACUACAAAGCACAAAAGUCAUAUCUACGGACGCGAGUUUAUCAGGACGGCGUUGGCGAGCAGGUUGUCGAACUCUUGUCUGAGUUUUUUGUCUUAUGGUCGACCAGCAUAUCUUUCCCCGAAUUAUCACUAGCGGUGGUCCUAAUGCUAAGGCGUUGGCUCAAGGAGGUCGGAACCAGGGGAAAGAGUAAUAAAAAUGUUAAAGUUAGUGGUAUGGUGACGCUCCUUGUUCAGAAGCUCGAGGCGAAUGAAAAGUGGAUUGAAGAGAGACGUUCCAAAGUCGAGUUCGCACCAAACAACCGGGCUGGAGUCGAAGGAUUCCUGAAGGGAUUUGAAUGGGAGAAAACGCCACUUGGUGCAUUUGUCGCGGGUCAGCGAAAACAACGUGAAGAAAAGAAUAGGUUAAUAGAGGCAGCAAGACGAGAAGAAGGGAAGAAACACGAGAAGGUCGAGCGUAGCAAUGUGAUCAUGGAUGACACUGAUAACGAUCUAGAAAGUGAUGAUGAUUUAGAGAAUGGUGAUCUUGAACUAGACGCAAGCAGCAGUGCAAGCGGAGAGGAAUAG